AUGCGCUUGAACCUCCUCUUCCUUGCCUCAGCCUUGGCUGCAGCGGCAGUACCACCAGUCAAAACUAACACCACUCAACUUCCAAGCCCUUUCUUGGAAGAAAAUCUCAAAUUGGUCCCACAGCUCGCAGCAGAAUGUAGCCUCGCUGCUUGCCUCAAUGUCACUGCUCAACUUACGUGCAUCGCUAAUGCAGUUGCCAAUGGUGAUCCAACUGCAUUGCAGAAGUGUCUGACUACCUCCAUGUCACAGAUAUGUUCCUGCAUUGCCUGUAUCCCAGCAUUGAGCAACGUUCUUACUGCUCUUGGCGUUUGCCCGGUCUCACCUCCUCCGAAUGACACCACACCCCCAUCUGAGGAUGGGAAAGGGCUUUAG